AAUCACCGCGAAGCUGCUCCGCCAAUCACAUCGCUUGUUCAAACCUCCAAUAGGGUGCUUCAGGGCUCCUAGCGUCACACUGUGUGUACAGCCAGCCCUGACGGACACUUGCAACAGUUCUCCGAGAAAACUUCAAAUUUCAAAGUAAGAAAACGCCAUGGCUCGUACCAAGCAGACCGCCCGUAAGUCUACCGGAGGUAAGGCUCCCCGUAAGCAGCUCGCCACCAAAGCUGCGAGGAAGUCAGCCCCCUCGACCGGAGGAGUCAAGAAACCUCAUCGUUACCGUCCCGGUACCGUCGCUCUCCGUGAAAUCCGUCGUUACCAGAAAUCGACCGAGCUGCUGAUCCGCAAGCUGCCCUUCCAGCGUUUGGUGCGUGAAAUCGCGCAGGAUUUCAAGACCGAUCUUCGUUUCCAAUCUGCGGCUAUCGGAGCUCUCCAAGAAGCUUCUGAAGCAUACUUGGUGGGUCUUUUCGAAGACACGAACCUGUGCGCCAUCCACGCUAAGCGUGUUACCAUCAUGCCGAAAGACAUCCAGCUGGCGCGCCGAAUCCGUGGAGAGAGGGCUUAAGCUUGCUGAUGCACACCAAUGGAUCAGUGUCCUGGCUCUCGUGACGGCUGGGAGUUCAAUCGUCUCCUCAUCUAUCAUUUAAUCGUCGGUCGGUCAAGAAUGGAGAGUGAAACCAGGAGCGAAAGCAGAGCUGAAAGAUCAAGACCGAUGGGAGAAUGAGCAUGGAUGUCUACUUUUAACAUAACUAUCAGAAGUAACAAAAAAAGAGAUAACAAUUAGCAAGAACAUUAGAGGCUUAGUUACUGCCACUCGGGUCAUGGCCGAUGACUCAAAUUUAGGUAAGAGCAGGCCAACACUGAGUCUGGCGGAAGCCCGAAGCUUCGAAAUUCGAUCGGAAUCCCCCGAAAUUGGAGUGGAUGUCUUCUCUUCGAAUCGGACUAGAUACUAUCGCCAUCUCCGUGGUCCGGAUCCGUCUUCGGGCACCGCCGGCUCGUCGCGAAAUUGUGGGCGAAUCGUAAACAGCCAGCGAAGCAGAUGGAUGAUUUCGAUGUUAUUUAAAUGAGAGCGUGUAGCUUUUUGGUCCUAAUGCUGCCUGAGAUUUCGGAAGGUUAACGGAAUACAGAGGGAAUUCGAUAAGCGCGUUCUCUCGGUCGCGGAGCACGCCACCGAUAUUUGGUCCUUUUUGAACGUAAGCAGACAUUGAAUCUGAUACUGCUACACGGAUAUUAUUUCUACCGAUACUUAUGAGCAGGGAGACGUGUAUCUAAAGCUAAUAAGAUUGAAAACGAAAGAAAAAAUCCUGUGGAAUCGGAAAUCGUCGAAUCUACAUUGUAUAUAUAUAUAUCUGUCCAGUCCAAGGAUAGAUGCGGAUGUGGAGGAGAGCGUCGUCGAAAUAAGGUAAAUAAAUCGAACAUCACAAAAAAA